AUGGACAACAUCUACACCGGGAUUUGGACGAACUGGUCUCGUGGUGCUAUCUUAGGGUCAACACUUACCACGACCAAACAGUACGGCAACCUUCUUAUUGCAUUCAUGGCCCUGUUCAUUGGGUUUGUGGCAUCUAGGCUCUGGAAGAUUUCCUGCCUUGCCUUGCAUCGAUGUUACUCGACCGCCGACAAGAGAAGUCCCAUCCACCACCAGCGCCAAGUCAUACUGCGCAACUCGCGCACUGCAGAAUCAGCCCUAUUUGAAAUCUUGUGUCUUCUGUGGGCAUGGCGCAAAUCACAAUUUCCACGCAUUGCUGGCCUCAUACCCUUGACCAUAUUCACAUUCUGUUACCUAACAGCUUUUACAGCCGCAGGAGGUUUCUCGUCAAAUAUUUCUAGCUCCAUCGGUGACGAGGUCUUGAUCAAGAGCCAGUACUGCGCUACGAUAAUAACUAAUAGUACGAUGGAAGGCAGCUCAAUAAGGAAUCGAUGGCAAUCGGAGCGAUCGAACAGUGCCGCAAACUAUGUCCAGCAAUGUUAUAGCAACAUCAGCCAGUCCAGCGCAACAACAGCUUGCAACAAGUUUGUCCUCAGCAGUCUUCCAACAUAUGAAGUGAACGCAAGCGCCGAGUGUCCUUUCCAGCAUCAAAUAUGUCGCAACCCGCAAUCCACGCUUCGAUUAGACUCGGGCUACAUUGACAGUCACGAAGACCUGGGAUUGAACGCUCCCAAGGAUAAAAGAUUUGCGUAUAGAUAUGUGUUGCAUUGUGCUCCACUUGAAACAGACAACUACAUCAGCCACGUCAAGAAGGAUGGUAGGGGCUGGGACAGGUACCAUUAUGGAAGUGUUCCUAUAGGACCAGCUGACAAUCGGACGGGUUCUAUUGAUUAUCUCUACAUGAUCGACGACUUACACUCCCAGUAUAGUCCUGCUAUACGUGGCAUCAGCAUGGCCGGUAGGAAUUUCAAACUGGGUAUCAUGAUGUUCAGAGGAGAGCCAGAUGUCUGGACUCCGAUACCUGAGCUAAUGGACGAUGAGUGGUACCGCGCGACCGUGCCUGACAGCCUCAGCUAUGUGUCAACAGACUCUGGAGCCCAGCAGACCUGGCGUCCGAAUGUUUCAGCAUCGCCAAUGGGAUGUGUUGAGCAAUUCCAGGUGUGUAACUUGGCAUAUCCAAAGCACCGGGGCUGUGGGCCGCUGGCAGGCUAUUUUGAUGCUGUCUAUGGGGCUGCGAAAUAUUUCAACGUGACAGAGGAAACUUUGGAUCCAAACCGGCCGUUUUCAUCCAACGCGACUUCUGCUCGCUUCAUAUGGCCUUUGGUGGCCAUGAACAGUGCCCCUACCGUUCUGACAGCCGUGUUAAACUCUCUCGGAACAGCCUCACUCGCGUCUCAAUCUGAACUUUUCGCCGGGAACCAGCAGCCCCUUCCGAAGAAUCAAUGGCAGUUGGACAAGAUUCGAAGCUCAGCAUACACUUCUUUCAGCUGUUUUGGCCUUUAUUUCACCGUCAUAACGGGUGCUCUCAUUACCAUAACAUCAUACAGCCUAGAACCGAUUUUGAAUUGGUUGCAUAAGCAUCGACAGCAUAAGUCAUACGCAAACCUCGAGUGGAUCAGCAAUAACAGCCUACAGCUGCAUCGUAUGAUACACGAGCGGCUGAUGGGGCAGGACUGGGCUAAUUGUACUGAUGACGUCCCAAUAACAGACCCGGAAACCUCCCUAGUGAAUCUCGACAUCUCGGAUCCAGAACACCCGAUAAUUCGCAGGCCGCAGGCUCCAGAGAAGAGGACCGUUUCUGUUGAAUUUAGUACUGCCCCUGCACUGGCCUCCUCUCCAAUCGGUGGAUCUUUUCAUUCGGCCAGCGCGGCCGACCUGAGUGGACGUACGUCGACGUCGACUAUAUCGUCUUCAUCAGAUUGGUCCUGGACGCUCAAUGUCCGAUCAGCGAUAAUGAGUGUCAGCGGCCAGCUUAGUGUUGAAGAAAACGAAGACGGCGAUGCAAAUGAAGACAUGAUGGGUGCUACAGAGAACAGAGAGCGAGCGUAA